UCACUACUCGAUUUUUAUUUCUCAAAAAUUGCAUGUCUAGGCCACAACCCAAUAUUUAUUAGCAAACCCCACAUGCUUAAACUCUAAAAAAACACAAAACUCCCCAUUUUUGGUGCUCAAAUCAUCAAUAUUUGAGCUAUUUAAUAGCCUGCUACCUUGAAGUUGUUGUUGUCAGAACAUAGAAAUCAAGGAACAGAAUUAGAAUAGAAUAGAAACUCUAGAGAGAGAACAUUAGUGGAUGAGAGAGAGAGUGUGUAUGUGCACAUAACUUGGAUUCUGUUUUCAUUAUCAUUUUUUUUUUCUAAAAAAACAUCAUUUGAAGCUUCGAUAAUGGCGUUUGAGUGAUUCCGGAAGCUAUUUGGAAUAAUGGCUAGUGUUCAUUGGGAGAAAACAGAAGAAACUUGUUUUUGUUUUGAUUUCAGAAGGCGACAAGAAGAAGGCAAAUGCACAAAACAAAAACAAAAACAAAAAACAGACAGAGAUUUGUUUGGAAGAACACAAGUACAUACAAGAAGAAUGCAUUCCACUUUUAGUUUUCAGAUCCUUCCAAUCAUUUCCUCCUUUGUUUUCUUCCUAUUGUUUUCCACUGCGGUUUCCGCCUCACAAUUCGAAGAUUUCCGGCGCCUCAAUCAGACUUUCCGGCCCGGUGAAGAGUCAAAGAAAAUGAGACUCAUUAGAACUCAUCUCUUGAAAAUCAACAAGCCGUCUGUCAAAACAAUUCAGAGCCCAGAUGGGGACAUAUUGGAUUGUGUUAUGGUUCAUCACCAGCCAGCUUUUGACCAUCCUGUGCUGAAAGGAACAAAGCCAUUGGACCCACCGGAAAGACCAUACGGGCAUCAUCAUCAUGAGUCGGAAAUGUAUCAACUAUGGAGUUUAUCCGGCGAAUACUGCCCGGAGGGAACAAUUCCGAUCAGAAGAACAACCGAACAAGAUAUUUUACGAGCAAGUUCUAUCAAAAGAUUCGGUAGAAAAAUUGCAAGACCGGUGAGAAGAGAUUCUUCUAAUGGUGGACAUGAGCAUGCAGUUGGUUAUGUGAGUGGAGAUCAAUACUAUGGAGCAAAAGCCAGCAUAAAUGUGUGGGAUCCAAAGGUGACAGAUAGAUUUGAAUUCAGUUUGUCACAAAUGUGGGUCAUUUCUGGUUCUUUUGGUGAUGACCUCAACACAAUUGAAGCUGGUUGGCAGGUUAGCCCAGAGUUGUAUGGAGACAACUACCCUAGAUUCUUCACUUACUGGACUACCGAUGCGUAUCAAGCAACUGGAUGCUACAAUCUACUUUGCUCGGGUUUCGUUCAGACAAACAAUAGGAUUGCAAUCGGAGCAGCCAUAUCUCCAACAUCGUCCUAUAACGGGGGACAAUUUGAUAUUAGUUUAUUGAUAUGGAAGGAUCCAAAACAUGGAAACUGGUGGCUCGAGUUCGGAUCAGGGGUUUUGGUUGGAUAUUGGCCGGCCUCUUUGUUCACUCACCUUCGGGAUCACGCUAGUAUGGUACAAUUCGGGGGUGAAGUUGUGAAUAGUCAAGCCACGGGUUCUCAUACCUCAACCGAAAUGGGAAGUGGGCAUUUCUCAGGCGAAGGGUUUGGGAAAGCUUCAUAUUUUCGGAACAUGCAAGUUGUUGAUUGGGAUAACAGUUUAAUCCCAUUGUCCAAUCUGAAAGUAUUAGCCGAUAAUCCAAACUGCUAUGAUAUUAGAGGCGGGAUUAAUAAUGUUUGGGGUAAUUAUAUUUAUUAUGGUGGGCCGGGUAAGAACCCAAAAUGCCCUUAAAAUGGGUUGGGUUGAGCCAUCCGUUGAGUACAAAUACAUGGGUGACGUUUUUACAAUCAGUUUUGUUAUAUUUUUCUUUGAUUUCGUGGUCAGGUUUCUUUUUAUAUGGGUUAUUCUUUCGAUUUUUAGGGUUUGUAUCGAAUUAUAGAUCUCGAUGAAAUCAUGUAAAUUUGCCGAUUUGAAUUUAAAUGGUCCAUAUGUUAUGAUUUUACGAUGUAA